CGACGGUAAAACUAAUCUUCCCACGCAACUAUGAGGUCUCCUCCAAUUCUUUCGCUCAAAUCGAGUUCACAGGCUUCUCAGAGGAUUACAUCGGCAUGGGAUACUAGACAUGUUUCGGAUUGGGAUCGGCUUUAUCUGCCCUGAAAAACGUCAAGACUCGCAAUUCUGACCACGCGGAAGGCCGUAUCCGAUGCGAAGAACACUACGGCGGCCAUGACCAUCCACUGAGAAUCCAUUGCAAUGGCGCGAUAUGGUGCGAAAGCCUGCUCAGAUUCAGUGGGUAACGAAUGGUACUAUAUAUAAUUUGCCUCAAGGAAUGCACUUCAUAACGUCGAACAACUUUCCGUUUUUCUCAACUGAAGUUACUGAUGGCGUCCAAUAGGGAGGACAGAUCUGAAACUGCAUCCAUCGUCAAGGGUGCCACAAGUGAGGGUGGUCAAGAAUCGGUCACCGACGUUGAGACACGAGGCGACUAUGGAUCUGGUCGAGAUCACCCAUUUUCAGACCCCAAGAUAGCGGAUCACUGGCGUAACGUCUACGAGAAUGCAAAGUACGAAGGGAGGCAUCGAUAUGACCCAAACUUUACUUGGACGGCCUCUGAAGAACUUCGUGUGAGGAGAAAGGUCGACCUUCGCAUCAUAUCGUGGUGCUGGUUGAUGUUCCUCGCUCUCGAUCUCAACAGAAAAAAUAUCAAUCAAGCGAUUUCCGACGAUCUGCUACCGGAACUGGAAAUGAACACAAAUGACUUUAACUACGGACAGACCAUACUCCUGGUGUCGUUUCUUGCGGCUGAGCUACCUUCUGGUCUAAUCUCGAAGAAACUUGGUCCUGAUGUGUGGAUUCCUUUUAUCAUCACUGCGUGGUCUAUCACUUCUGCAGCUCAGGCUGGGUUGAAGAGUAAGACCGGUUACUACGUGUGCCGAUGUCUCUUAGGGUUGUUCAUGGGGGGGUUCAUUCCUGACAUGGUUUUGUACAUCACUUAUUGGUACAAAUCCAAGGAACUUGCCAUUCGACUCUCUUGGUUCUGGACCGUUCUCAGUACGAGCCAAAUCGUUGGAUCUCUUGCCGGAGCAGGCAUUUUGCAGAUGCGGGGCAGAUUAGGCUUGUCUGGUUGGCGAUGGCUUUUCCUUAUCGAGGGAUGUGUCACUGUUUGUGUUGGGAUCCUCAGCUGGGUACUCAUGCCCCCAAGUCCAUGCCAAACUGCUGGUCGUUUCAGAGGCAAGGACGGCUGGUUUACCGAACAUGAAGAGAAGAUAUUGGUCAAUAGAAUACUUCGGGAUGAUCCUUCCAAGGGAGAUAUGCAUAACAGACAAGGCGUCAACCUCGAUCGACUGUGGAAAACCAUUAAGGAUUACGAUAUGUGGCCGCUGUACUUGCUCGGCUUAACAGUGUACAUACCGCCAGCCCCGCCCCAGAACUACCUUUCAUAUAUUCUACGUCAAUUGGGCUUCAAUACCUUCAAUGCGAACUUGUUAGCCAUCCCGUCACAAUUUAUGUUCGGUGUAAACCUUCUCAUCCUCUCCAAAGUCAGCGAGUACUUCAACGAACGCGCGGCAAUUUCUUCCAUAUCGAAUAUUUGGAUCUUUCCUUGGCUCGUCGCGCUCGUGUCGCUAGGUGAAAAAGCAUCUACUUGGCUACGCUAUGCCCUUUUGACUGGGAUAUUGUCCUACCCUUACUGUCACGCCAUUCUCGCUGCCUGGAACUCGCGCAACUCGAAUGCCGUUCGUACGAGGGCUGUAUCGGCUGCUUUUUACAACAUGUUCGUUCAGGCCGGCAAUAUUAUCUCGUCCAAUGUCUACCGUGAUGACGACAAGCCUCUUUAUAAACGCGGUAACAGGAUCCUCCUGGGUAUCUGCACCUACAAUAUCGUCCUAUUUUACGCUGUGAAGUAUUACUACAUUGCGAAAAAUCGAAAACGGGAAGAGGCCUGGGCGAAAUUGACUGGAGAGGAAAAGGUAAACUAUAUACACAAUACGAAAGAUGAGGGCACGAAGAGGCUUGAUUUCCGGUUUGCUCACUGA